UUCUCCUUCUCUUAGGACAAUUUGUUUAAAACAUGAAUUUCGUCUUUUCUUGGAAAUUCGGCAUGACUUACAUAAAACUAGUUACUACGUUAAUAGUAUUAGAUAGAUAGAUAGACAAAUAUCUGUUUACUCCGUAGAGCGGUGUAAAGCCGGCAGGUAUCCCUAGGUUCCUCUCCCGACUCUGUCUCUUCAGUUCAGUCGUUAGUUCUCCGAACCCAGGACGGGACUACGUAGUGUCUAUGCGUCUAGCUCAGGGUUGUAGUUAAUAUUCAUACAUCCUCUACCUGUUUACAACCUUACCAAAUUAAGCUUUUCAAAUAGAAAUUAAGUGAGUCUCUAUUUUUCUAGUUCAAGAGUGAUCAGAUUUAGAUUGCACAGUGAUUAUUCGAAAUAACAGACUACUCCUGGCUUGAGAACAAUAGAAAACACCUACUGGAGAAGGGACGGUUAGAGAAGAAUAAAUCUAGUGUCAGAAUGAAUUCUGUGUGUUCCACCUCGUUCAUAUCUCAUCCCAGCUCUAUAUUGUACCUAGAGUAAACAUUACACAGAUACAGAGAGAAAACUAGAAGGCGGAAUCACGUCGCGGUCGAAGAUACAAGAGAGAGCAACACUAUGCCAGUAGGGUGCCUUAGCUCCAGACAUGUGGAGUCUACAUUAUACCUUUCAACCUCAUCCUCAUCCUCAUCCUCCAAUCCUGCUCAGGAGAAUAAUCAUUCUCAGGAGAAUGGGAACUCAGUGAGUUCUCAGGUUGAGACUAUAGCAUUGAUGCAGCAGACCCUCCUCAUACAGAUCUUCAGGAGGGAGCAGGGGGAGCUGGGCGGUAGACUGCUCCAGGGGGAGGGGGAGUGUCCCACCUGCCACGCCUUCUCUACCCAGUGUUGCCAGGAGGUUGAGGGUCUCCAGGUGUUCCAGGAGGUUCAGGAGUCUAAUUCUAUCCAUUUCUGGAACCUGCCCUUCCUCAAGGCAGUCCUCGGCCUUAAAUACCAGAGAAGACUGAAGGCCAAGUUCUCCGGGUGUUCUCUGAACCCUGCGUGUAUAUUCCUCGUGUCGGAGAUUAUGGGUUGGAUAUAA